AUGGCCCUCCUGACACACCUGCUGGUCUGCACCUUUGGGAUGGGCUCCUGGGUGGCCGUCAAUGGGCUCUGGGUAGAGCUGCCCCUGUUGGUGACAGAGCUGCCUGAGGGCUGGUACCUGCCCUCCUACCUCACCGUGAUCAUCCAGCUGGCCAACGUCAGCCCCCUCCUCAUCACCCUGCUCCAUCACUUCCGGCCUGGCUGCGUUUCCGAGGUGCCCUGCAUCUUCGCCGUGCUGGGAGUGGGCACCGUCACCUGCACCCUCUUUGCCUUCCUCUGGAAUGUCACCUCUUGGGUACAGGGCAGCCACCACAGCAUCGCUUUCAUGGUCCUCACCUUCUUCCUGGCCCUGGUGGACUGCACUUCCUCGGUCACCUUCCUGCCUUUCAUGAGCCGGCUCUCCACCCAGUACCUUACCACUUUCUUCGUGGGUGAAGGACUCAGUGGCCUCCUGCCUGCCCUGGUGGCUUUUGCCCAGGGCUCAGGUCUCACCACCUGCGUCAACGCCACUGAGACGUCUUACACCACCUCGAGCCCUAACACCAGCAAAAAGACCGACAUCCCACAGGGAAAUAACAGCGCUCUCGUGCCUGACCUCACUGGAACAGCGCCCUCCGUGGUCCGUCUGGAAAGCCGCUACCUCCCUGCCAACUUCUCGCCCUGGGUCUUCUUCCUGCUGCUCUCCUUCAUGAUGGCCUGCUGCCUCGUUGCCUUCUUUUUCCUCCAGCGUCACCCUGGGCGCUGGAAAACCUCCACAAAAGACCUCCUCGCCUCCCAGGUCACCCUCCACUCCAUCAGGCCACUGGAAGAGGACUCGGGCGCCCCACGCCCGGUGGACAUCAGUAAGGGCCAAGCGCAUCUGGAGGAGGAAAGGCCCGCCCACAGCCCAGCCCCCCUGCUCUUCACCUACGUCCUGGUGGCCUUUGUGAACGCGCUCACCAACGGCGUGCUGCCCUCCGUGCAGACCUACUCCUGCCUGUCCUACGGGCCUGUUGCCUACCACCUGUCUGCCACCCUCAGCUCCAUGGCCAACCCUCUGGCCUGCUUCAUCUCCAUGUUCCUGUCUAACAGGUCUCCGCUAUUCCUGGGAGCCCUUACAGUGCUUGGCGCGGGCUUUGGGGCCUACAACAUGGCCAUGGCGGUGAUGAGCCCCUGCCCCCUCUUGCAGGGCCACUGGAGUGGAGAAGUCGUCAUCGUGGCUUCCUGGGUGCUUUUCACUGGCUGUCUGAGCUAUGUCAAGGUGAUGCUCGGCGUGAUCCUGCGUGACCAUAGCCGCAGCGCCCUCUUGUGGUGCGGAGCAGCAGUGCAGCUGGGCUCACUACUUGGAGCUCUGCUCAUGUUCCCGCUGGUCAACGUGUGGCAAGUCUUCUCCUCCGCGGAUUUCUGCAGCCUUCAUUGCUCCACCUAG